GUCACCCACCCACGCCGGUGGCCUGUUCGCCAUGGACCGGUCAUACUUCUUGGAGCUUGGCGCGUAUGAUCCCGGCCUACUGGUCUGGGGAGGCGAAAACUUUGAGCUGUCAUUCAAGAUCUGGCAGUGCGGAGGCAGUAUAGUCUGGGUGCCCUGCUCUCGGGUCGGCCACGUCUACCGCGGCUUCAUGCCGUACAGCUUCGGCAAACUGGCCGAGAAGAAGAAAGGUCCUCUCAUCACUAUUAACUACAAACGCGUGAUCGAGACUUGGUUCGACGAUAAGUACAAGGAGUACUUUUACACGCGUGAGCCGAUGGCUCGCUUCCUGGACCACGGCGACAUCAGCGAGCAGCUGGCCUUCAAGAAGCGACACAACUGCAAGAGCUUCCAGUGGUUCAUGGAGAACGUGGCGUACGACGUGCCGGACAAGUUCCCCGAGCUGCCGCCUAACGUGCACUGGGGCGAGCUGAAGAACGUGGCCGACCAGCGGUGUCUGGACACGAUGGGCCAGCCGGCGCCCACCGCCAUGGGUGCUUCGCCCUGCCACGGCUACGGCAACAACCAGCUGAUUCGGCUGAACACAGCCGGCCAACUGUCGGUCGGCGAGCGCUGCGUGGAGGCCGACCGACACUCGGUGAAGCUGGCCUUCUGCCGGCUGGGCACCGUCAAUGGCCCCUGGCAGUACAGCGAGUCGAGCCAGACGAUGUUCCAUCGGACCUUGAAGGCAUGCAUGUCACUGGACCCAGGCUCGGGACAGCUGAAGAUGCUGGAGUGGGACUCGCGUGACGCCUACAAGAAGUGGCAGUGGAAGCAGCUGACGCCGCGCUGGUGA